UGGACCAGUAUAAAUUUUUAUGAAGUUAUAUUUUUAAGUAGAUAUUUUCAAUUAUUCUGUACAUAUAUUUAAACUCACCAUUAGUAUAUUUGAUUUAAAAUGGUACGAAGAAUAAAAGAUUUCAUCCGUUACACAGCAGCUGAAUUAGAAAAUUACACAAAAUCAAAAAAUUCAUGUGUUAAAAAAAUAAAUAAAAGAUUGCAUUUAAACUUUCCACCGUAUGGUUUGACAUCUUUUAAAGCUACUUUAUUAAAAUUAAUAUCAGAGAAAAAAAUCGGAUCAUAUGAUACGGAUUUAGAUGGAAUUAUAUUGGAUAUUAGAAAUAUUAAAGUUUUAGGUGAUAUUGGAGCAAUAAGAUUUGAUGAUUCAUUUAUUCACAUAAAUAUACAAGCUGAUUGCUACGUGUUCCAACCAAAAGUUGGUUCUGUUGUUCAAGGAUUAGUCAAACAUAUAUCACAACGACAAAUAGGUGUAAUAAUUUACAGGGUUUUCAGUGUACCAAUACGAUUGUCGGAUACUGUAAAUAAAUCGUCAAUAGCAUUGAAUUCUGAAAUAGAAUUUCGAAUUAAAAAUUUUGAUUUACAAAAUACAAUGCCAUAUAUUGAAGGUGAACUUAUGGCUAAGGAAGUAUCUAUUAAAAAAGCUAAAAAUUCUAUCAAGUUUGCAGAUGAUGAUAGUAAUGAAGAAAUCGAAGAUAAUGAAAAUAGUUUAUUCAAAAAACCUAAUCAAAAGAAAGUGAAAAAAGAAAAAAAAAGUGCUUGUGAAAUACUUGCAGACAGCGAAAAUGAGGAAAUUGUUUUUUCUGAACUUUCCUACCUAAAUGAAGAGGAAGCAAGGAAACUUAAAGAACCAAAAAAGCGAAAAAAAUUAAACUCUGAAUCAUUUAGUUCCGAUAUUACUGCGAAGCAAAAUAAUUCUCCCAAACAUGAUUCGAAAAAAACUGUUAGGUUUGAAGAUGCUUCAAAUAGUUCAUCAUCUGAAAGUGAUGGAAAAAAUAUUACUUCAUCUAAUAUUUUGAAACAAAAAGAAAGCCAAAACAUAAAAUCGGAUCACUAUGAAAAAGAUGAAGCAGAUGUUGUCAAUUCUAAACUCGUAUCGGGGGAACAAAAAAAACACAAUAAGACAAGUGACUCAUCUUCAGAAUCCGACAAUGAGUAUUCUUAUAAAGACAAUAAAAAUACACAAAACAAAAUUCAAAAUAUUGAAAAACCUGUCACUAAAAUUAACGGGAUUGGGACCGCUUAUACCAGUUCAUCGGAUGUAGAAGGUGAUAAAAAUAAUGUACUGAAUGAAAUAAAAAGUGUAAAAGAAGAUUCCGCUGAUCUUGUACCUAAUACCGAAAAGAAACCUCUAAUUAAUUUAGACGACAGUACUGAUUCAGACAAUCAAAAUGAAUUUCCUCUUCAUACAAUUUCGCAUAAAGAACAUAUUGCGCAUACUAGUAUCAAAAGAGAAUAUGAAUCUGACGAUGAAAAGUUCAUUCAAUCAAUUUACCAAGAAAGCAAUGAUAAAACCAAUUCCUUUAAGAUUGAAUCUACAACGCCAGUUAAAAAAAAUCAGCAAGUAAAAUCGGAAAUCAAGACUGAAGUCGAAACUCCAAUCAAAAUGAAUGGUUAUGAAAGUGAAGAUCUAUUUAAUGAACAUUUAGAAAACUCUAUUCCUUCAAACCAAAAUGUCAAUACGGUUUCAAAAAGAAAAAAAGAACGUAAAAUAAGUUUAACUCAAGAAAUGAAUGCUGUUUUGGCUAAUACUAUACUACAACGCAAAAUAGUAGAAUUGUCACCUGCAUAUUCAACCCAAAAGGAAAUUCCUGAGCGUAGUGAUAAAUCUUCGGUUAAAUCAGCAUCAGAUACUAGUUUUAACGAGGCGUUUAAAGAAAUUUUAGAGAAAUCAAAGAGGAAAAAACUUAGUGAAUCAGAAAGUAGCAAUUUUGGAUUAGAAAUUUCAGUAACAAAGACAAAUCUAUUGAACGAUGUGAGUAAAUCUACGAAAAAAAAUAAAUUACAGAAAAAAGAGAAAAAAAAUAGUUUGGAAAACUCAAUGGCAGAAAUUUUAAAAAGUUCUAUGGAAAACAAGCUCAAAGAAAUGAAAUCGAGUCAAGAACUUUGUAGUCCAUUAAUAAUUCAAGCAAACAAUGAUAAGAACACAAAAGAGAUUAGCAAAAAAAAAUCUAGAAAACGUAAAAUAAGUUUAAAUGAAUCGAUAAAUGAUGUUUUAACAAAAAUGAUAAAGGAAAAAUCAAAUAAAAAUACAUUUGGCUCUCCAUCAAAGAAAAUUAAAGUUGAUUCUUUAUAAAUUAAACAAAUUUGAGUAAAUUUAAUUGCGAAUAGAAUCAUAAGACGAUCAUUGUUAAAUAAUUAUUUGUAUAUUCAAGUAUGAAUAAAGUU